UCAAAACUAGAAAAAGCAAACAUUUAUCAAGAAGUUGUUGGAAUAGCUUCAACAAAGAUUCUGUAUCAUAACAAAAAAUGUCUAUAACAAGAAAGUGAGGUAUAGAUGAUUUGUCAUGGAAAACAUAAACAAAUUAUAAUGGGAAAUCUGUAAAAGCAUAAUGAAAUUCUUUCAAGCGGAUUAAAUUAUAAAUCAGAUGAAUGAAACAUAAAAAGCAACGCAUUCUGUUAAACAAGCUGUAGUAAGACAUCUGGUUUGAAAGUUAAGACAUUCUCUGGAUACAUGCCCAGCGCCUCCUCUCCCAGGACAAAGCAGGGAUUUUAUAACAUGGAAUCUUAAGUCAAACAAUUUGUUUACAUUUAGCUGUACAGAUGAAGAACAUGUUGAAUCACAUAAAAAAAUGUUCAAUGUAGUUUUCAUAUUAAAAGUUUAAUGGACUGAAGCAAUAUACACGAUAUCUGUCAAUCAAUUUUGUGGGCGGAGUCAGUGUAGAACGAGGCUAGUGUAAAGGUAACUCAAUAGUGAACAACUGCAGAGUGAGAGAGUAAACAAGAAAGAUGCCGUGGUGGAAAACACCUCGUAUUGUGGUACUUUGGAUAUUAAUAGAGUAUUCUAUAGUAACAAAGGUGUUGUGCACAGGAGUUUUUGAAUUGGAAUUAACAAUGUUUAAAAAUUCAAAAGGUUUUAAUAUAAAUGGUGAAUGUUGCAAUGGAACUAUGAACAGAAACAGUCAGUGUGUAUAUUCUUGCCGGACGUUUUUCUCUAUCUGUUUUACAAACUAUCAAGCAGAGAUUUCAAGUAAUCCAACGUGUAAUUAUGGAACAUUUGUGACUGCCGUUCUUGGAGGCAAUACAAUUGAUUUCAAAGAGGAAUUACCUGUGAAGUUCGAAAAUCCAAUCUUAUUUCCAUUCCAGUUUUCAUGGCCAGGUACUUUUUCAUUGAUUUUGGAAGCAUGGCAUGAUAAAACCACACAAGGUCCCAAACAGGGCAGUCCUCGGGAACAGAUCAUGAGGUUAGCAGUUCAGAAGUCCAUAUUAGCAGGCUCAUCGUGGCAACAACUAAUGUAUGAUACGCAGUAUACAUCUCUGGAGUCCUCAUACCGAGUAGUAUGCGACGAACAUUACUACGGAACUGGUUGCUCAAACUUUUGUCGUCCAAGAGAUGACCAGUUUGGUCACUAUAAUUGUGACGGUAAUGGAACUAAGAUAUGUCUAGACGGAUGGAAAGGUCCUUAUUGUGACCAAGCUGUGUGUCUGUCUGGCUGUCAUCAGAAUCAUGGAUUUUGUGAUGCUCCAAACGAAUGCAAAUGCCGUAUGGGUUGGGAUGGACCAUUUUGUGAUAAAUGUGUCCCUUACCCAGGUUGUCUUCAUGGAUCAUGUGUGGAAUCAUGGCAAUGUAACUGUGAAGAAGGAUGGGGAGGUCUUUUUUGUAAUCAAGAUCUGAACUACUGUACUCAUCACAAGCCAUGUAAAAAUCAAGGAAUAUGUACCAACACUGGUCAAGGCAGUUAUACAUGUUCCUGUCCUAAAGGAUUUACAGGAACAAAUUGUGAAAUAGAGGUAGAUGAUUGCCAAAACCUUCCUUGUGACAAUGGAGGACAAUGUGUGGAUGUUGGAUCAGGCUACCAAUGCAAAUGCCAAGAUGGGUUUACUGGUAAACGUUGUGAAACCAUAGCUGUUUCCUGCAGCACAUCUCCUUGCAAAAAUAAAGCAACAUGUACAGAGGAACAUGGAUCAUAUAAAUGCCAAUGUCAGCCUGGAUACACUGGAUACAAUUGUGACUGGGAAAUAAACGAAUGUGUUUCCAACCUCUGUCAAAAUGGCGGAAGAUGCGUCGAUGAACUUAAUCGCUUCCGAUGCGUUUGCCCUUCCGGUUAUAAUGGAAGUCUAUGCCAAGAAAAUAUUGAUGACUGCGCAGCUGCAGGAGGAAACCCAUGUCAGAACGGCGGAAGUUGUAUAGACCGCGAAAAUCGGUACGAAUGUAGAUGUAUACCAGGAUUCGUAGGUCCAUUGUGUCAAAUUAAUGUUGAUGAUUGUGAAUUACGGCCUUGCGCUAACGGUGGAACAUGCGAGGAUAAGAUUAACGAUUUCUCCUGUACUUGUGUACCUGGAUUUAGUGGGAAAGAUUGUUCAGUAAAUGAUAACGACUGUAGCAGUUUUCCUUGCAAAAAUGGAGCUACAUGUAGGGAUUUAGUCAAUGAUUUCAAAUGUGAAUGCGCCAUUGGAUUCUCUGGAAAAGAUUGUUCUUAUCGUGAAGGAGUUAAUCCUACCGAGCAAACAACUGCAGACAGCCUUGAAAACACUCCCGUAGUUAUUGCAGUAAAUAACCAAACAAACACGGAUUUAGUGCGUUCAGACGCAGAAGAGUUUACUACUACUAAGCUAUUGCUAAUUGUUUGUCUUGGAGCUGGCAUACCAUUAUUGCUAAUAAUUAUAAUGGUUAUGUUUUUAUUACUUCGGAGAAAGAAUGAUCCGCCUCCAAUUGACACAAGCAAAGAAAACGAGGAAAACAUAGUGAAUAACAUUAACAAUAAAUUGACUGAUUCUAAUAUUUUCACAACAAAUCAGACUUCUGCUAGUAUUAAUAAGAUUUCUAAUGAGGAGCUUCAAAAAGAUAUAAAUGUAGACUUUAACACAUUCAGACCUGGAAAGGUUGAAAAAUAUACAAACACUAAGCAGUUCAUACAUAGAAAAGACUUAAAUACACAGGGGCAGUUUUCAAAAUCGCCUCCUCAAAAAGACAGUGAUAAAUACAGAAAUCGUAUUGACGAUAAUUAUUCAUCUGAAGUUAGUUCAUCAUCAAAAAAUGAUUUUAGCUGUUAUAAUACAGACAUUCAUAUCAUAGACUAUUCCAAAGAAUAUUCAAAAGAUUCUAGAAAAUCAACAUUAUAUUUAGAGCCAGCACAUCGACAUUCGUGUUAUAGUGAGGACGUACUGGCGACCGAAGUAUGACAGACAAUUCCCAAACACUGCAAUAAAUUAUAUUUAUUUAUACAUAUUGCUGUAAAAUAUGCAUACGUUGUGAUUUAAAGUGCCUUUUGUAAAGACUAGUAUGCAGUGAGGAUAAUUCUGUCUCCGAAUUGUUUCAAGUGAGUUCAGCAGGCUGAAAGUUUUUCGUUUGAGCAUUGGAUUAGUGCUUGGAAAUUUCGUAUUUAUGACACUAAUGACAUAAAACCCUUGAUUACAGUCCAAUGUGUACAUUUUGUGUACAUUUUGCCAAAAUAUAUGCAAAGAAUACGGAAGGAAACAGUUGUGAUAAUAAUCCAUCCAAUUAUUUCUGGUGCCAAUUUUAUUGGCAACUGGCAUUUUUAGCAGCUAUUCACGUGUGUAUUUUGUUAUGUAUGAUGUGAGUGCAGAUGAGUAAAUGAGUAAAAAGAGUGUUAUUUUUUUCAAGAAAUAUAUUUGUUAAAAAGUGUGUCUGUUUGAUUCAGUAUGCUCUCUAUUUUUUAAAACGCUAGACAUAAGAUGAGAUCAUAUGAUAUACUUAUUGUUGAAGAUGAAAUAUUUAUUGUAUGUAUUUGAUUGUUGAGUUUUAACUUUUAUUAAACGAUUACAGUUUGAUGCAGAUUUAGCUCCAAAAUAGAGAUAAUUAGAUGUAGCUGGUGUUACAUAUAUAACAUUUAUGAAACUCAACUCCUAAAAAUAAAAGUAAUUACACCACUUUAACAUACUUGAUUUAAUUUGAAGAAAAAUUACAUUGUGCAUUUUAAAAAUAACAAUUGUUCAAUACAGCUGCAUCUAUUGUUUGAAACACAUUUUGCUUGAAAAUAACUAAUUGGUGCUUCAGCUUAAGUCUGCAAAAACUGUUGUUUUUUAUGAAGUAAUAAUUGUUAACACAGAUAGAAUUGUUGUUUUAUGGCUAUACAUGUAUACUAUAGUAAUUUGUACAGUUAAUUUAAAGCUAAGCAACAAUUUCCCUUCAGUAUUGGAUCAAAUCAACCCAGUUGUUACACUGAAAUAGGGCAAAUUAUUACAGUUAAAUAAUGUUUUGUUACCUUACUAUUAUUAGAGUCACUUGCAUUUUGAGCAUCGAAAUUGUGUUGCUUUUUGGCAUUUAAAUUAAGCAUUUAGCAUCUGGAUCAAAAGUUCCAAGUUUUGUUUUGUAAAAAAUAUUGUUGUCCUGUAAAAUAUAGUACUACUUGUACUUCUGAAAGAAGUAUUUAUCCAGAUUUAUAAUGAACAAAUGAGAUAUAUUGUCAAGUAUCUUCCAUCAUUCCACAGAAAAAGGACCAGGCAAAGCCAAGGUUCUCAGCACGAAGUAACAUCUCAUACAGAUCUCACAUUUACCAUUUGGCCCAUCCUACAUGUAUCUUACACUGGCUCAGAUCUCAUUCUAACUUACAUCUAUCAUUUCUCACCACUAUCAUUCAUUCAGUCAUGUCUUUGUUUUUUCUGUGAUGCCUGUAUAUAUUAUGUAUAUUUAUAAUGUUUUUUUUUCUGGAUGUAUAUAACUGUUAUUGCGAUUAUUAUAUUAUUACUAUUGGUAUUUCACAUGAAAAAUCAUGAAAUAAAGAGAGGUCACAAGUGACUAUUUUCCUAAA